AUGCACCAGAGUAGCUAUGCGCUGUUGAACUCCAAAAAGUCAACGUCUUGCUUAGGCAUGGAAAACCUUGGAAACAAUACCAGUAAUUCCGCCCUCUUCCUUUUGUUCGAUCUCGUAGAUACCGUAACCAGCAACACCAGUGCCGAAGGUCAACAAGUACAUGGCAAGGUUGUGAUACACUCCGUAGACUCUCUUGGGAAUGUAGUCAAUGAUACAAGACUGGAAGCCAACGUAACAGUGGUACAACAAGAAACUGGCCAUAGUGGUGUCAAUGAUACCGGAAACAGUGCCAAACAUGGAGCUACCUACCAAAGGCAACAAGCCAAGAGCAACAAUUCUUUCGGAAGUCCAGUGGUAAGAACCGUGGGUCUUGCUCGGUUUAGGCGGAAUGUAAGCAUCGUUAACAGUGCCCACAAUGAAACCUGGUGGUUGAGGAAUGGUCUUGAUGCCACGGACCAAAGCUGGUCUGAACAAACUUUGUUUCUGAGAGAGCAAUCCAACACGGGAGAGAGACAACAUGGCUGGUGA